AUCGCUCAGCAUUUUGACUAUUAAAGGGCAUAAUUUUGGAGCUUCAUGCCAAGGCAAAAAGAUAAAGAACAAUCACAUGAAUGACAAAAGAUUAAAAACAAAAGAUUUUUAACUAAUGAAAAAAAACACAAAAAACAAAUACCGGUAAAUAAGGGCAAAAGUGGAAUUAAGUGUUAUAGCUCCGCUGGCGAUUGGCAGAGAUAUAAAAACUGAUCUCUCUCCAUUCAUCUUCUCUUGUUUCUAACUAGUCACAUUGAGAGAGAGAGAGAGAGAAAGAGAGACUCUCAGAAUCUGAAGAAGAAGAAGAGAUUGUUGUUUUUGCCUUUUAUCAUCGGUUUCUUUGAAUCUCUGGUUUUAAAUCGGAUUUAAUGGUGGAGUCUCUGUUCCCGAGCAUCGAAAACACAGGUGAAUCGUCUCGAAGAAAGAAGCCGAGGAUAUCAGAGACGGCGGAGGCGGAGAUAGAGGCACGACGUGUCAACGAAGAAAGCUUGAAGAGAUGGAAAACGAAUCGUGUGCAACAGAUCUACGCUUGUAAGCUCGUCGAAGCUUUACGCCGAGUUCGUCAGAGAUCUUCCACCACCAGCAACAACGAGACCGAUAAACUCGUCUCCGGCGCGGCGAGGGAGAUACGUGAUACGGCGGAUCGAGUUCUAGCUGCGUCCGCUCGUGGUACGACUCGGUGGAGCAGAGCGAUUUUAGCGAGUCGCGUCCGAGCGAAGCUGAAGAAACAUAGAAAGGCGAAAAAGUCAACGGGAAAUUGUAAAUCGAGAAAAGGUCUCACGGAGACGAAUCGGAUUAAGUUACCGGCGGUUGAGAGAAAACUGAAGAUUCUUGGCCGUUUGGUUCCUGGUUGCCGGAAAGUCUCUGUACCGAAUCUUUUAGAUGAAGCGACCGAUUACAUCGCAGCGUUAGAGAUGCAGGUUCGAGCCAUGGAGGCUCUCGCCGAACUUUUAACCGCAGCCGCACCACGGACGACGUUGACCGGAACUUAACGGCGGCAGUUAGUUUGUCAGUUGUUAAUUAGCUUUUCUUUUACCUUUUUACCCCUUUAUUUUGGCUUCAAGUGUUUUUUUUUUCUCGUCGACGCGAUUUUAAUUUAUUAAAUUCAUGUAUUUUAUUUGUAUACAUCAUCACUUCUUUUUUUUUGUAUCCAUUUUGAUCUUUCUUUGUUUUUUCGUUAGAUAAUCAAAGUUAUCUAAACAAUAACAACAACAAAAUGCCAACUAAUGUCGAUUCCAAAAAUUGUUUAACGCUUUAAAAAAAAAUUAGACCUACAAAUUAAAGAAA